GGCAUAAAAGUAAACAGAACCGUAGGAAAGGAAUUGUAGGUGAAUGAAUAAUAAAGCAUACCCUAUGAAUCCAUUCCAUUAGAUCACACAACAAAAUUUGAGGUCCCGAGGAGGAGGACAAGGAAGGGACGAUGAGAAAUUAGCACAAUCCACUACUCAAAUUCACGUGGAAUAUUGGAAUUAGUACAUUACACUUUACACCACUACCCACAAAAACAUACUCCACUCCAAAUCUCAAACUUACAAAUUAUUGCUAUUAAUUAAUUAAAUUAAAGUAAAGAAAGAAGAAAGUAGUGCUUCUACACUCCUCCUCCAAAAUUGCCAAUCUUAGCAUUUACCUGUUAGUAUAUUAUUAUUAUUAUUUUUCUUUUCUUUUGUUCAAACCACUCUGUCUCGUGACAUUCCACGCUUCAAACGGUAACAACAGUAACCACCGGAAAAUGUCGCCUCCGCCGCCGCGGUGACCAUUCUCCUCCGAAAUCGACGCAUACAGAAACAAAAAGAAAUGCAAGAGACACUGCUCACUGUAUCAGAAGAAAAACGAGAAGGAGUAAAAGAGGAGAUGGAAGUUGUAGUAGUAGCAGCACCGUGCCGUCGACCACCGCGAACACGGCGCGUGACACCAACAACAGUAGAAAAACAACUUCCAAACGGCGACGUAUACAGCGGAAGCCUCUCGGGAAACGCGCCACACGGCAAAGGAAAAUACGUAUGGUCCGAUGGAUGCAUGUAUGAAGGAGAAUGGAAGAAAGGAAAAGCGUGUGGUAAAGGAAAGUUUUCGUGGCCUUCAGGAGCAACUUACGAAGGCGAAUUCGUCUCUGGUAGAAUGCAAGGUCACGGAACAUUCGUUGGUGUAGAAGGCGAUACCUACAGAGGUUCGUGGAUUUCUGAUCGGAAACACGGUUUCGGAGAGAAAUGUUACGCUAAUGGUGAUGUAUAUGAAGGAUGGUGGAGGUUCAAUUUACAAGAAGGAGAAGGUAGGUAUAUGUGGAAAAACGGUAACGAGUAUGUUGGAGAGUGGAAAUGUGGUGCUAUAUCUGGUAACGGAAUGCUGACGUGGAAGAACGGUAACCGUUACGAAGGUUGUUGGGAUAACGGAGUUCCAAAAGGGAAAGGUGUGUUUACGUGGCGUGAUGGUAGUGUUUCAGCGGGGAAUUGGGGGAAUGAGAAUGGGAAUGAAAGGAAUGUGAAUAAGAGGGUCUCUGUUUCUGUGGAUGGUUCUAAGAGUGUCAGUUUUCCUAGGAUUUGUAUUUGGGAACUUGACGGUGAAGCUGGGGAUAUAACUUGUGAUAUUGUUGAUAAUGUGGAAGCUUGUAUGUUUUAUAGAGAUGGUAGUGAAUCAGAGAAUGGUGGUGGAGAUUUUUCAGGGUUUGGAUAUGGAACUUCAAAGUUUUUGCCCAAGAGUCCUUUUUAUUCCAUCGACGGGGAUGUUAAGAAACCUGGUUAUACUGUUUCUAAGGGGCAUAAGAAUUAUGAUUUGAUACUUAAUCUUCAAUUGGGUAUUAGAUACUGUGUUGGGAAGCAUGCUUCGGUGCCUCGAGAGCUUAAGCAAGGAGAUUUUGAUCCAAAGGAGAAGUUCUGGACAAGGUUCCCUCCGGAAGGCUCUAAGUUUACGCCGCCGCAUCAGUCUGUAGACUUUAGGUGGAAAGACUACUGUCCCGUGGUGUUCAGGCAUCUGAGGGAGUUAUUUGCGAUAGAUCCUGCGGAUUACAUGCUUGCUAUUUGUGGCAAUGAUACAUUGAGGGAAAUGUCUUCUCCUGGCAAAAGUGGAAGCUUCUUUUACCUUACUCAUGAUGACCGAUUUAUUAUCAAGACAUUGAAGAAGUCUGAAGUCAAGGUGCUCAUUAGGAUGCUUCCCAGUUACUUUCAACAUGUUUCUCAGUACAAGAACUCGUUAGUUACGAAAUUCCUGGGAGUUCAUUGUGUCAAACCUAUUGGAGGUCAAAAGACUCGGUUUAUUGUGAUGGGCAAUGUGUUCUGUUCGGAGUAUCGGAUUCAUAAACGGUUUGACCUCAAAGGUUCUUCUCAUGGUCGUACAACAGAUAAACCUCGUAAGGAGAUUGAUGAGACUACUACUCUCAAAGACCUUGAUCUUAGUUUUGUUUUUCGCUUGGAGCAGUCUUGGUUUCAAGAGCUUAAAUGGCAACUUGAUAGAGACUGUGAGUUUCUGGAAGCAGAGGGAAUAAUGGAUUAUAGCUUUCUCAUUGGCCUUCAUUUUCGCGAUGAUGACUCAACUAACGAAACAAAAAAUCCAUCCAAUGGGUUGUGUUCAGGCCAGAGGGACAUGCAAAGCGACGGCAUGCAGGACAUGAAGUGGAUACCUAUAGGCCGGGGACCUCUAAUCCGGCUGGGAAUAAACAUGCCUGCAAGAGCCGAGAGAGUGUGUAAAGCUGGAUUGGAUCAGCACACAAGUACUGGAAGUAGCAAAUCUACCCCUUCAGAGAGUAGUGGUGGUGAGAUCUCUGAUGUAAUCCUUUAUUUUGGUAUCAUUGACAUUCUCCAAGAUUAUGAUAUUAGCAAAAAGCUAGAGCAUGCAUACAAGUCACUACAAGUGGACCCCACCUCCAUCUCAGCCGUUGAUCCCAAACUAUACUCCAAAAGGUUCAGGGAUUUCAUACACAGAAUCUUUGUAGAGGACAAAUAACAUGCUUGGAGAGAGACACAAUAGGAGAAUUGAACCAGGACCAACUUCGGCAUGGGGACACCUUAAUUAGCAUCAGAAUAUAUGAGCUGGUACUGCAAACAUUGGUGAUUUAAAAAAAGCUCAAAAAGAAAUGUUGCUGUUAACAUUUUGGAAAAGAGGCUUUGGUAUUUGUUAUUGGUGGCUAAAUUUUUCUCAUAGCAUUAGCCAUUGCAAAAUGGAUUGAGGUCCCACAUGCACGGAUGCUUUUUUUUUUUUUUUUUUUUUUUUUUUUUUUUUUU